AUGGACAGUCCUCAGUCCCCAGCCUUAGGUUGCACACCUGCAGUGUUAUCAGCGGUAUCUGCACCAGUGAUGAAAAAGCCACUUCUAGACUUGAGUGAGUGGAAGAAUCAGCGGGUUCUAGCAAAAAGGGGCGACAUAUUUGAAGUGGCUCUCAUCAAAGGAGUUCAUCCAAGCAGUCAGAAUAUUGAAAUAGAAUUUGAAUCAGACCACAAGAGCAUGACAUUUUCUAAUGUGUUUGAUGUUCAGGGUUGUUUAUUAGUUGGGGAUAACUCACCCCAAGCAUCGACUCUCACUGUUGGACGAGCAGUUUGUGUGCGAGUGAACCAGGAGAAGAAUAUUUUCCAUGAAGGAGUCAUUGUUGAGCGUCGAACAAACCCAGUUAUGUGUCAU